AUGGCAACGGUUAAUUCUACCGAAGAAAUGACUAAACCACUUAUAAGUUAUAUGGAAUUAAUAACAUUAGCUAUACGAAAUAGUCCAGAUCAAAAAUGUACUUUAUAUGGUAUUUAUCAAUAUAUUAUGGAUCAUUAUCCUUAUUAUCGAAAAAAUCAAGCAGAAUGGCAAAUUUUUAUUCGACAUAAUUUAGCGCUCAAUGAGCGUUUUUUUAAAGUUGCACGAGAUGAGACACGACCAGGCAGAGGAUCUUAUUGGAUGCUGCAUCCUGAUUUAUAUAAUACGUUUGAAAAUGGCUCAUAUUUACGAGAACGUCGUCAUCGUCGUUUUAAACAAGAAUCAUCAAACAAUCAUCAUUGA